ACAUCAUUAAAAGACAAUACUUAAACAUUAUGAACAAUGAAUACGGUGGCAUCUUGCAUCAAUUAAUAGGUAAUAUUAAGGCCAAGGUCAGUAAGGAUACAGACAUUGUUUAAAAUGUCACUUUGAGGAGAACAGAAAAACGGAAAACAGAAGCAGUACUGACAAUCCAGUCAAAGCAGUAAUGCACAACAAUCCGUCUAAAAAUCGCACACAGGUAGCUGGUUGCUGAGGGAAGGCUUGCCUGAAGAGAAAGGUCUUGGCCUCCUAUCAUUUGGGAGAUUCUGGGGCCUGCUGUCCAAAAAAGAGAGUAACUUUUCCAAGCUGUGACGUGGCCUCCUCCUGCCGAUCACUGGGGGAAAACCUUGGCUGGUUGACAGGUGUCUACGACACAAGGGAGGAGACCGUCCAUGAAAAGUGUGUGUCAGAUCUAAGGUGUUGGGUUUUUAAUGUGCCCCCGGACUUUUUAAGGGUUUUGUCACAAGAGGCGGGCACAGAUUUACAGAAUUCCCCUUCUGGAAAGGUUUCCAAUCCCUGGCAUUGUUCAGGUGCCACUGCCAUGGAGUAACUGGACCCAAACCAGUGCAGAAAGAGGCCGCUUGUAGUAUUCCAAGCCGAAGGCUGUGUGGGCACUGCUGGAGCCCUCCUUCUGCAAGAGCAGAGAGAGGAAUCGGGUGCUGAAUGGUAGCUCUGAGAGCCAGCAUGGUGAAAGGGCGAGAGGCUAGGGGCACAGGAGGCCUGAGUUCAAAUCCCUGUCCAGACAUGGAAUCUGGUGGCUGGUGGUAGUUAAUCUAUUCCUUGCCUCUCCCCUGUAUCCCCAAAGCCCUGUUAGGGUCACCGUAAGAGGGAUGUGAUUUGAUUGCCAAACACACACAAAUAACAACACAGGAUAUGCUGGCUUGCAUAUGCUCGGUGAUUUUGCUCAAGAUGCUGACAUUAAAAUAAAAAGCCUUCAAAAAGAAGAAGAAGAAAAUGCUGAGGUAGAUGAAACCAGCAGCCGUUGAAUCCUCGUGGCUGCCAGAGUCUUGACUGAACUUCACAGAAAUGGUUUCCCUGCCCUCUCCAGCCACCACGGAGCUGCUGGGGAAGGCUCAGAGUCACUCCAACUGCUCAGCAGAACCGUUGUCAGUGUAAAGAACUUUGGCCUGAAAGAGGCUGUGGGUGCGAAUUGGGCUGAUUUCUGGACUCGCAUAAUUCGUAACAGUUCUUCGACAUGUGGCCAGGACUUGCAGGACGGGUCGGGGCACCCCAGUUUCCCAGGAAGCGUCUGGCUCAGUGUGGCGGCUCCUGCCCAAGCAGAAUUGGAGCAGAACAUCCGGAAACAUCUCGCCUCCUCCUCCGAGCCAAUCUUAGACCUCAAGACCGAGGCUGCAGCUGUGCUUCUAGUGGACGGCGCCCCGAUGAACACCACUGAAAUCAACCCACUGGCUGCUAUGGAGUGUGUGCCGAUAGCUGCUGUGGAGGAGGCCCCCAUCAUCACGCCUGACAGCGUGGCACUGACCCCCCAAGACCCAGCCCAAAGCCCCGGGGCUGGCAAGGAGCGCCCCCCUGAGGACGACAGCAGCGCCUGUCUCGCCAGCCUUUGUGACGAUUGUGACACAGAGAUGGCUCUGCCACCUCCCCCAGAAAAAAGCCCCCCUUCCCAGGCUGGGUCUUCCGGGUCCCUGCCCUGGCCUGAGGCCCCCGAGGAGUGCGCCCCACCACGGCCCACCACUCUGGACUUCUCAAAGCCCCUCAAGAAGCUGGAAGAGGUGAAGCAGGCGGAGCAGAGGAGGAGUGGCAGCGGCCACGGCCACAUCAAGGAAAACGGGCUGGAGAGCUGCCUGGAGGCGCCCCGUCCCAGCGAGGAGAGGCGAGCCCUCCAGUCUGAGCUCGGCAAGUGCAUCGCGGACUUUCGGAAAAUCAAGAUCCCCGUCUCUUUCCCCAAUAAGAAGCGCCAGUGGCAGAAUGAGCUGCUGGAGAAAUACCAGCUCUGAAGGACUGAUUGUCCUCUUGAGUUGACACGCACAGCCCGCUGCCUGGGGACGUACGUCCGUACGUCUGUGGGGGACGGAGCAUUCGGCAGCUCUGGUGCCACCGCGGGGAAGGCUCCGCCCUCGCUAUGGCUUCACUGAGCUUUCCGAGGGCUCUGGUCUGGCACGAAGGCGCUCGUGCUCAUCUCUGGGGGCAUGGGCCACAGAACAGGGGCCACCUGACACCUUCUCAGUGAAGCAGGAUGGGGGGAGGAGGAGCUGACAGUCUGGUCUGAAUAAAUAGAACAAGGAACAUUUUUGCCAUUUCUCCAGAGCUCUGAAAAUGUAACUUCGUUGGACUGCCUGGGAGUUAUAGCACAUAAAAAGGAAUGUGAAGAAGCUAAACCUUGUGUCUUCCCAGAGCCAUGUGGUUGAUGAACGUGAGACGUAAGAUGAGUGCUUAGCUUCUUGGACUAUGACUCCCAGAAUCCACCAGACUGGGAGAUUCUAGGACCAAUCAUCCUUAAAGCCAUGUAUUGAAAGUCGGGGCCUUCCUGGGUCUUCCAUCUCAGCUGCAUUCAUGCAGGAGAUUCCGGGAAUCCGCUCUGAAAAGAAAACUCUGCACAGGAUCCUGGGAGAGACGAGUCUUGGAUCUCACCCGUCAAGAAUCCCUCUUGGUCCUCAGUGUCUGGUGGCUGGCCUUUAAGGUUGACCCUGUUGGGCCCUGCCUGGCUCCCUGAGUUCAAAACCGAGGGUGAGCCUUCCAGGGUAUGGGAGA